GCGGCGAAGGCUUUUCCCGCUAGCCGACCGUACAAGGGAGGGCGGCCGGGCCCGCGGCCCUUCGGCCGCCAUGAAGCUGACACGCAAGAUGGUCCUGUCCCGAGCCAAGGCUUCGGACCUGCACAGCGUGCGGAAGCUCAACUGCUGGGGCAGCCAGCUCACAGAUAUUUCCAUAUGCCGGGAGAUGCCCAGCCUGGAAGUGAUCACACUCAGCGUCAACUGUGUCUCCACCCUGGAACCCGUGCGUGGCUGCCGGCGGCUGAGUGAGCUGUACCUGAGGAGGAACCGUAUCCCUAGUCUGAAUGAGCUGUUCUAUCUAAAGGAUCUGCCACACCUCAGGGUGCUGUGGCUGGCUGAGAACCCUUGCUGCGGAUCCAGCCCGCACCUUUACCGAAUGACUGUGCUUCGCAACCUGCCCCACCUGCAGAAGCUGGACAACCAAGCUGUGACAGAGGAAGAGCUGACUCGUGCACUGAUGGAGGGAGAUGAGAUCACUACCGCCCCAGGCAGAGAAGGCGCAGGCAAUGGCUGUCCCAAGCCCUCCUACACCCUCGGCUCUGUCACCUCUGAAACUGAGACCAGCCAGAGCCUGCUGAGCUAUCCAGAGGAGAUAGACAGGGUCCAGGGCCAGACUGCUGGAGACCAAUGCCCUUCCUUCUCACAAAGGGAUGCUUUGAGGAGUCAUAAGAACAGGAACAUCCUGACUGCCAUCUUGCUGCUGCUGCAGGAGCUAGACGCAGAGGGGCUAGAGGCUGUCCAGCAGACUGUGGGCCGCCGGCUGCAGGCCCUGCACAAGCUGGAGCCCCAGGAGGACAUGGAGUGAUUUCAUAUGCCCCAGUACCUGGACCCUGUUAUAUUCUGUGGAAACACAGCUCCACCUGGAAAGCCUCCUUCUGGGUUCCCAGUACCAAGCCAAUGUAGGUGCAGUGGCUGUCAGCUGGGGAUGCCCCGUCCUGUGCCUAGGGCUGGCAGAGAUGCUGCCCAUCAGCAUGAGAGGUCCCUGGGACUUACCUGCUGAGGCCUUGAGGACCUGGGCACUACCUGACCUGACCCUUCCUCAAGGGAGGACUGUACGAGCCAUACCCUCCAAUAAAGCACUCUCUGUUUGGGCUGGAAGCCAGCAUCUCAGUGGCAGGUGGGGCCUUGACCUCAAGAUCCAUGCUGCUUCUUAGCAGCUAGGGGGAGCCCUAGUGUCCCUGUGUCAAGCCUAUCCUCAGGGAGAUGCCAGGAAUGAUGUUUUACGGGGAACCAUGCUCCAGGUGUCCUUAGACAUCACAGCUUAGGAGAAUGGUUUUCAAGAGAAGGCUGAGUGGGACACUGUCCUUUUUCUUUCUUCUUCAGGAGUGGGAUGUCACCAAGGUAGAGUAACUAUUGGGGACAUCCAGAGUUGCUCAUCAUUCUGAGGUGUCAGAUGCCAUCAGUAAAGCUAUCUUUGUUAGAGCAUUUGGGGGAGGCCCCAUAACUUGCCCACCAGGCAAGGCCACCUUGGUACCUUGGGAGUGGCCUUGUACCUGCCACAAGAGGAUAGAGCCAAGCAAGGCAUCAAUAUUAGCAUAUGUAAAACAGCGCCACGGGAAAGGCAGAACAUGCCAAGAAGCUUGCUGCACACAAUAGCUGCCUCUGUAGGUGACCUAUAAAGGUCUGAAUGCUGAAGGUUCUGGGCCACUGGACCCUUGACCUUGCUCUACCAUUGGCCCACUUCCAAUCUUGGGAGUACUUUCUCUCUUAAUAAACUGUUUCUA